AUGACUGCAGCAGCAGACAGCAGCUCUCUCUCUCUGACCGACAGCAGCAGAAGCAUGGCGGCGGUGGAGACACGGGAGUGCGAGACGGAAGGCUGUCACAGCGAAGCUAAGCUCCAGUGUCCCACCUGCAUCAAACUCGGAAUUCAAGGCUCAUACUUUUGCUCUCAGGAAUGUUUCAAAGGCAGCUGGGCCACCCACAAACUGCUCCACAAAAAAGCAAAGGAGGACAAAAUAAACGAUGAGGGAAAGAACUGUGUGGAGAAAGAAAUCAACACAGACCCGUGGCCCGGGUACAGAUACACUGGUAAACUGCGACCCCACUAUCCACUGACUCCCAUGCGGCUUGUUCCUAGCAACAUCCAGAGACCAGACUAUGCAGAUCAUCCUUUGGGAAUGUCAGAGUCAGAGCAGACCAUGAAAGGGACGUCUCAGAUUAAGAUCCUCGAUGCUGAAGAGAUUGAGGGCAUGAGAGUUGUCUGCAAGCUGGCUCGAGAAGUCCUUGACAUUGCUGCCAUGAUGGUGAAACCUGGAGUGACGACGGAGGAGAUCGACCAUGCGGUGCAUUUGGCAUGCACAGCGAGGAACUGCUAUCCCUCACCUCUGAACUACUACAACUUUCCCAAGUCCUGCUGCACCUCUGUCAAUGAAAUCAUCUGUCAUGGGAUCCCUGACUGCCGUCCCCUCCAGGAGGAGGACAUACUGAAUAUCGACAUAACAGUUUACCACAAUGGUUACCAUGGAGAUUUGAAUGAAACCUUUUUUGUGGGUGAAGUGGAUGAGGGAGCCAAGAGAUUGGUUCAGACCACUUAUGAAUGUCUUAUGCAAGCCAUCGAUUCUGUGAAGCCUGGUAUCCGUUAUCGUGAGCUGGGAAACAUCAUCCAGAAACACGCGCAGGCUAAUGGUUUCUCUGUGGUACGGAGCUACUGUGGCCACGGCAUUCACAAACUGUUCCACACAGCACCAAACGUACCGCACUAUGCCAAGAAUAAAGCAGUAGGAGUGAUGAAACCUGGUCAUGUAUUUACUAUUGAGCCCAUGAUCUGCGAAGGUGGCUGGCAGGAUGAGACGUGGCCAGAUGGUUGGACUGCAGUCACUCGUGACGGUAAACGCUCAGCCCAGUUUGAGCACACGCUCCUCGUGACAGAGACAGGCUGUGAAAUCCUCACGCGCCGCCUCAAGGAUAAUGGCCGUGCUCACUUCCUGUCCCAAAUGUAGAAUGGUGGGGUCAUAUCAGCCCUAUUCUGCAGUGGAGGAUACAACAGCUCCGCCCCAUUUCACCAAUCAGCCAAUCACACAGUGGGUCUCUGUUGGGCAGGAGAUGAUUGGCCACGUGGCCAUGACAGUGGAUUUGGGCAGGAGAUGGAGAUUUGUUAACUUCUGAAUGUGUCACCUGACAGUCACAUUAAUCAGCUUGGAUCUGAGUAAAUUCAAAGGCACUGGCCUUUAACCUGGUUACAGUGCCGCCACACUCUGUCUUCAGGGCAGAGGUAUCUGUGUGAGUGGUUUUGCGUGUGUGCACUUGUGUGUUUGAGAGAGCGCGUCAGCUGUGUGAGGUCCGCUGUCUCGGUCUGUUUCAGUGUGUUUGUAUGCCUGGCUCGUUGCAAUGUACCAUGUUUGUUUUGUUGGGGUUCGAGAUGCAAUGAGUGUAUGUGAUAAAACACUGGAGUCUCUCCCAAUCUUAUCAAAUCAUGAUUGAUAUAUAAAAACUCUUUACAGCUGAAAGAGUGCCUCGUAACGUUAUUGAACAUUGUACAAAUGUUUUUCAUGAACUUUUACCAGCGUUCAUAAGGUCCAAUUAAAUCGAUCUUGUUUGAGUGACUGUGUCAAUGAACAUCUAGGAAACAUUAGGUUAAGUACAAUGGUUUAAUUAUGUUUCGCCUGUUUGAUGGCCUUUCUGAAAUGUCCUUUUACUGCAGUCAUCCUUAGUCAAUGAAAAGAUGAUUUUUGUUUGUCUUUGGUUGUUUAAUACCACUUAAAGAGCAAUGUGAAAGUCUGAAAAGCAGUUGCAGGCCUCCUUGUCUGUUUGACACAUCUCUUGAAAUCAGUUUCAGCGUUUCAGUAUUCAAGCUGAAUUAAAGUAUAUUUUCUCCUUUAUUAUUAUUUUUUUUUGUGUACAACAAAUGCCAAACAUCAGUCAAUCAUUACAAAGGAAUGAAAUUUAAACAAUGACUUAUGAAAGCAGCUGAUAA